UAAGAUGCUAAUACGGCUCUGUGAUUGGUUGAUGGCAUCUUAAGACUGUACUUAAGAUGAUCUUAAAUAUAAGAAUCGACUAUGAAUACCGGCCUAUAUACGAUAAUAUACACUAUGGACAUGUAUCUUUACUGUAGUCAUGUAGUGGUGUGAUUAUCGCUAGUUGCUACUCUCGAUUUGUCGCGUGACUUAUUGUCUGCUCGAACGUAAUUAACGUGAUUCAACGGAAUGAGCGUACUAAAUCGAUUUCCGCGGCUCGCUAAUUUGAGCGUGCUCUGUCACAAAAAUGUUUCUCGCUUUUCCACAGAAACAGACGGCCCACCGAUACCUGUGAAUUCACUGAAGGAUACAUACAGUGCCAAUAAACAAACUGGAACCGGGGUGAUAUACGAUAAGAAACCGUUCAGAAUACGUCUUGAGGCUGGCAAAAAUUAUUCAUGGUGCCUCUGUGGACGGAGCAAGAACCAGCCAUUCUGCGAUGGCACGCACAGGGACAUUUUCCUCAAGAUAAAGCUCAAACCUAUACGAUUUGUUGUUACGGAGACUAAGGAUUAUUGGCUGUGCAACUGUAAACAAACAUCGAACCGACCCUUCUGCGACGGCACACACAAGAGGCCGGAUAUACAAGAGAAAAGAGUAUAGAAGAGAACAUGAAACACUGCAUUGUUGAUAGAGCAUCAUAAAUUCAAAGUAAAAAUUAUAAUUGCUUUAUGUGUCACGCCUUUUGUAUAUUUCUAAAGUGGUGUAUAUAGUAUACAUAUUAAUAAAAAUAUCUCAGACAUAAUAUUAAUAAAAA